UUUUUUUAAGCUGAAAGUUUCAACUCUGAGUUUUGCAUCAUACUUGUAUGAUUCUGCAAAAGCUUCUCUUUCACCCAGAAAGUCUCUCCCCUUCCACCCCCGGCUCUCUCACUCAAGUCUCAAAGAGACCGACAGCUUUCAAGCUGCGGAUCUAAAAGGCAAACCACCCACUGACUGACAGACAGACGGACCAGACAAAGAUACGCGCAGCGAUUGACUGAGACUUCCUUCUGUUUCCUGUGAGACUUAGUACGGCUUGCAAAUGGCGGCUCCACCGGCUAGGGCCCGCGCUGAUUACGAUUACCUUAUCAAACUCCUUCUUAUCGGCGACAGCGGGGUAGGAAAGAGUUGCUUGUUACUGCGUUUCUCAGAUGAUUCCUUUACCACUAGUUUCAUCACCACAAUUGGGAUUGACUUCAAGAUUAGGACUGUUGAGCUGGAUGGGAAGCGCAUCAAACUGCAAAUAUGGGAUACCGCUGGCCAAGAACGUUUCCGGACAAUCACAACAGCUUAUUACAGGGGAGCAAUGGGUAUACUGCUGGUCUACGACGUGACAGAUGAAUCAUCUUUUAACAAUAUCAGGAACUGGAUCAGGAACAUUGAGCAGCAUGCCUCUGAAAAUGUCAACAAAAUAUUGGUGGGUAACAAAGCUGAUAUGGAUGAGAGCAAAAGGGCUGUUCCAACAUCAAAGGGCCAGGCGUUAGCUGAUGAGUAUGGCAUUAAAUUCUUUGAGACGAGUGCAAAAACAAACCUCAAUGUGGAGCAGGUUUUCUUUUCCAUUGCAAAAGACAUAAAACAAAGGCUUGCAGAAACUGACUCCAAAGCUGAGCCUCAAACAAUCAAGAUCAGUAAACCUGAUCCUGCAAAGGGAUCAACUGCUGCUCCAGAGAAAUCAGCAUGCUGUGGCUCGUGAGGCUUCUAAUCAUAUAACCUGGAUCUCAUUUCGUAUUCCUCUUUCACAUGUGAUAUAGUCUUUAAAAUAUGUAGAAUUGUUUCCAGUUUGCCAAGUGAACUGGUUAGCACUUGUUUUUAAAUCUCCUUAAGGGAGAAAAUCUUUUUUUAAGUGCUUUAUGAUAUGGAAUGUUUCCCGAUUGUCUGCCGCCCACAGAAGCCGAUAACAGUCAUAGUUGGGUAAAACGAUUGUCUUAAUUCUGAAUUUUUAAGUCAGCUUUUGCUUCCGUUUCGGUGUUAGGAUCAAAAUAUAUUCGUUCAUUACGAUGUCAAAACCCUCUUGCACGUUGACAUUGUUCUUCAGGAGUUAAACGGCUUGAGAUGAGUAUGAUCCUUGUCCACGUGGUAUUUUAAUUUGUAACAUGGAAAAAUUGAAGCAUAAUCCUAGAAGUUCAAGUACUCCAACUUUGCCUUGUA